AUGAGCCAGAUAAUCGUUUCAGACGCCGACCCUGCACACGCCAAGCCCAGCAGCAGAACAUCCCCCACACCAUCACCAUCCACGCACUCCAGCGCCCCAGCCUCUGCGCCUGGCAGCCAUCCUUCCUCGGCGGACCGCACCCCGCUGCAAAAUGGACAUCUAAAGCUACCGCCGGCCGCACGUGCGGUCGCGGAUACCUAUGGCGCUGCCCUGACGGACACGCCCUUGUCCUCCAUGCCUGGGAGCCCGCACAUGCCUCCGAUGAGUAGAAAUAUAUCCGCCACAUCUACUCCCCGUUCACGCCCGACCACCUUAGACAUUCCCGGUCUCACCAAAUCCAAGGUCUCGCCCGACGGCAAGAUCGCCCAGCGUGAUGUCGGCUCCAAAUUGGUCAUUGUCAUGGUUGGACUCCCGGCCCGCGGCAAGAGUUACAUCACAAAGAAGAUGAUGCGCUACUUGAACUGGCUUCAACACGAUACAAAGAUCUUCAAUGUCGGCGAGAGGCGAAGGGUAGCCGCCAGCGGUCACGGCUAUCGCCUGUCUUCGUCGAGUAUGGACAAGGUCCCCUCUGGGAUCAAGCGUACUUCUGAAACGAGAGGCCAGUCGCUUCCGGAGAUUGCCGCACAUAUGUUGAUGACGGGGGACUCUUCCGCAGUUGGAAAUGUGACACCCCUGAAUUUGCCUCCGCCAGAAAAGCAAGAUGAGAAGAAACAUGUUCCCAUGCAUUCAGAAUCACCUGCCCGCGUCGAGGUCAACUCGCCGGGCCCUGAGUUGCAUACUCCUGCCAAUGGAGAGCAGGGUACAGAAAACGAAGCCAUCGAUCAGUCCGCGAGCUUCUUUGACCCCCUCAACAGAAAGGCCGCGCAGCUUAGGGAGCAAUGUGCCAUGGAGACAUUAGACGAGCUGCUGGACUACAUUCUGUACCAGAACGGCUCCGUCGGUAUUUUCGAUGCCACCAACAGCACCUUGGCUCGUCGGAAGCAGAUCAUGAAGAGGAUUCGCGACCGUGCAGGGCCUGAACUCAACGUGCUGUUUGUGGAGUCGGUCUGCCAUAACAAGAACCUUUUGGAGGCGAAUAUGAGACUCAAACUUUCGGGACCGGACUACGAAGGCACAGAUCCUGUCGCUGCUUUGGAAGACUUCAAGAACCGUGUCGCCAUUUACGAGAAGAAUUACGUUCCCCUUGGUGAUUACGAGGAAGAGAACAACAUGCCCUAUGUCAAGAUGAUCGAUGUCGGAAGGAAAAUGAUAUCCCAUCAAAUUAGGGGCUUCCUUGCUGGCCAGGCAGUAUUCUACCUGCUCAACUUCAACCUCUCCCCAAGGAUGAUAUGGAUCACUCGCCAUGGCGAGUCGGAAGAUAAUAUUGCUGGCAAGAUAGGGGGAGACUCGGAUCUGAGUCCGAAGGGCAGGAAAUAUGCCAAAACGCUCACCCGGUUCAUCGAAGAACAGCGCAGAGAGUGGACAAUCAAGCAGGCGGACAAAAUGGCUCACUCACGCCUCCCUCCUACUUCCGGCGAUGACACUCCACCGAAUCCGUAUUACGGCGAGGAUGGCGAACAAAAGAACUUCUGCGUGUGGACCUCGAUGCUUAAACGCAGUAUCCAAACAGCUGAGAACUUCGACGAGGAGGAGUAUGACGUCAAGCAGAUGCGCAUGCUGGAUGAGCUGAACGCCGGCAUCAUGGAGGGCCUGACCUAUGAGGCCAUCAAAGCUAAAUAUGCCGACGAGUACGAGUGUCGAAAGAGCGAUAAGCUGGCGUAUCGCUAUCCUGGCCCAGGAGGCGAGGGCUAUCUGGACAUUAUCAACCGGAUCCGUCCUGUCAUCGUGGAACUGGAACGCAUGACCGACCACUGUCUGCUCAUCACACACCGCUCCGUCGCUCGCGUCCUUCUGGCUUAUUUCCAGGGUCUGAAGAGGGAAGACGUCGCCGACCUGGACUGUCCUUUGGGUAUGCUGUAUCAACUGGAGCCCAAACCUUAUGGUGUCGAAUUCAAGGCCUGGCGUUAUAACGAAGAAAAGGAUUGGUUCGAUUACAUGCCUGAUUACAAGCUUCAUAGAGGCCCGGCGUACAUCUGA